AAAGGAACCAGCCCAGGGGCCUCCUGCUGCCUGCUGACCUAGGAUGGCCCAGGGCGCGGUGAUCCAUGUGGCCCCUGAGCAGCCCACCCAUGCUGUAUGUGUGGUGGGCACCGCGACCCCGCUGGAUGUCUUUGGCUCUGCUCCCAAGGGCUGCACGACCUUCGGCAUCACAGCCUCCCCAGGAGUGGUCGUAGAUGUCGCCCACAGUCCCCCAGCCAAGAAGAGCAUCACUGGUGUCUCCAAAUGGCCUCUGGACCCCCAGCUGGAGGUGACCCUACAGGUCAAGGCAGCCAGCAGUAGCACAGAUGACCAAAAGGUUCGAAUUUCAUACUAUGUACCCAAGGCCUCACCGAUCCAAGCCCUGCUGUACCUCACUGGGGUGGAAAUCUCCCUGAGCACAGAUGUCACCCGCACUGGCAAAGCCGGCAAAGCGAAGCCUGCUAGGGCUGGGAAGGAUCAGAGCACCUGGACCUGGGGCCCGUGUGGCCAAGGCGCCAUCCUCUUGGUGAACUGUGACAAGGAGAACCCCACGUCCUCUAGAAUGGACUUCGAGGAUGACAUGGUCUUGGACAACAAAGACCUGCAGGACAUGUCCCCAAUGACCCUAAGCACGAAGACUCCCAAAGACUUCUUUGCCAAAUAUCAGCUCGUGCUGCACGUGGCCAAGAACAAGAUGAACAAAGUGAGGGUGUUCCGGGUCACACGGGGCAAGCUGCCAUCCAGAUACAAGGUGGUCCUGGGCCCACAACAGUUCUCACACCGCCUGGAGUUGCCAGGCGGCCAACACAGCACAAAUUUCUAUGUGGAGGGUCUGGCUUUCCCUGACGCUGACUUCCAGGGGCUCAUUCCCCUCACAGUCUCGCUGCUGGACAUAUCUAACCCGGAUCUCCCUGAGGCCCUGGUGUUCCAAGACAGUGUGACGUUUCGUGUGGCCCCCUGGAUCAUGACCCCCAACACCCAGCCCCCCCAGGAAGUAUACGUGUGCAGGAUUUCUGAAAACGAAGACUUCCUAAAUUCAUUGACUGCUCUGACCAAGAAAGCCAAGUGCAAGCUGACUGUGUGCCCAGAGGAAGAGAAUUUGGAUGACCAGUGGAUGCAGGACGAAAUGGAGAUCGGCUACAUCCAGGCUCCCCACAAGACGCUGCCCGUGGUCUUUGACUCCCCGAGGGACAGAGGCCUGAAGGACUUCCCCAUCAAACGGGUCAUGGGUCCAAACUUUGGCUAUGUGACCCGAGGGCCCUACACAGCGGAGGUCACAGGGCUGGAUGCCUUCGGGAACCUGGAGGUGAGUCCCCCAGUCACCGUCAGAGGAAAGGAAUACCCACUUGGCAGGAUCCUCAUUGGGAGCAGUGGUUACUCCAGCAGCGAGAGCCGAGACAUGCAUCAGGCCCUGCAGGACUUCCUGUGCGCCCAGCAGGUGCAGGCCCCAGUGAGGCUCUUCUCUGACUGGCUCUUCGUGGGUCACAUCGAUGAGUUCCUGAGUUUUGUCCCAGCACCCGACAGGCAGAGCUUUCGACUGUUGAUGUCCAGCCCCAGAGCCUGCUACCAGCUGCUCCAGGAACAGCAGAGUCAGGGCCAUGGGGAGGUACCGCUGUUUGAAGGGAUCCCGAGAAGAAACCAGACGAUCAAUGACAUUUUGUCCAACAAGAAACUGAGAGACCAGAAUGCCUAUGUGGAGAGCUGUAUUGACUGGAACCGGGUGGUGCUGAAGCAGGAGCUGGGCCUGGCGGAAGGCGACAUCAUUGACAUUCCACAGCUCUUCAAGCUCGUGGGGAACUCCAGAGGGAACCCGAAGGCCGAGGCCUUCUUCCCAAACAUGGUGAACAUGCUGGUGCUGGGCAAGCACCUGGGCAUCCCCAAGCCCUUCGGGCCCAUCAUCAAUGGCCACUGCUGCCUGGAGGAGAAGGUGCGCUCCCUGCUGGAGCCGCUGGGCCUCCACUGCACCUUCAUCAAUGACUUCUAUGCCUACCACGUGUAUCACGGAGAGGUUCACUGUGGCACCAACGUCCGCAGGAAGCCCUUCGCCUUCAAGUGGUGGCACAUGGUACCCUGAGCCACCGCCUCUGGCAACCUCCCUCAAAGAUUGUCCUGGCCAGAGGUAGCUGGGCCCCUUCAGUGAGGUGCAGCAAGAGAUUUGGGGAUGUUUGGGCUUCCCCAGGGGUGGCCCUGACUCGCUGUUGUGGCUGGCUUGCUUUGCCCAUGUCUGGCUCUUCCUCCAUCUUUGCAUGCCCUAAAAUGAUCCUUGCUUAGCAAGCUCAGUUCUGUUUAAGAGCGGUUGCAAUAAAGAUGUGGU